AUGCGGUUAUUGUGUUAUUUUUUAGUUUUACCACUGGUUGUAGCCCAAGUGGUUUUUGGAAAUUGGAACUUAGGAGAUGAUCAACAAUGUCACAAAUGGAGUUGUUUAAGCACGAAACUGAACAUAAACGCCUUAUCUAUUACCGAAUUAACUAAUAAAUUGCAAAAACUUCUACCCGAUGAUUGGAAAUCUCUUGUUACUUCAGCAGUCAUUCAAUGCUAUGUCGUACCUAAAGAUUUCAUGGAUACUUGUCCUGGACAAGGCUUUUUACAUUGUUUUGUGUCACAACUAAAUAAGAACUGUCCAGAACAUCAUUUGAGGGAUGACAUAUUGUGUGGGCCACAAGGACCGAGGACGACUGAUUCAGCGAAUUCCACCUUCAUGUUUAAAGAAGUUCGAAUCAUGGGCAAUGAAAAUGUAAAAAUAGGAUAUCGCCCAGUAAUAGUAUCUUUUAAAAGAUGCUGUGAACUACCACAGAUGUUCAACAACACUAUACUUAGUGAAUGCGGAUUUGAAGGGAUGGUCGAUUACAAAUUGACUCCAAUUUCAAUACCUCUAAUACCUUACUUUAUACAUACUACAACAAAGAAAACCUCUACAACGACAAACUUUGGAGAUCAGCUAAAUGUAGAAGGUGAAGGGAUCGAUAAUGAUGAUGAUUAUUUGGAUCCAUUAGAAUGUUGUAACCUAGACGAAUUCAUUCAACCGACAUGGAGAUCGGAAUGUGACUUUAAAGUGAAAUGGGAUAACAAAAAUAGACUAACUAUAGUGAAUGAGAGUGAACCGGUCACUACCACUACCACCAUUGCGCCUUCGCUCAGAAACAAAGAUGUCAAAAUCGUACCUAUUUCGUGUGACCAGCAAAAUUGUAUAUUUACUAAACUGAAUAUAGUAUCUGAUGGAACAGUUGAUAAAGUCGCGUUUGUUAGAUUAUUGGAUAACAUGACGAAAAAAUAUACACAAUGGGAGAGGGCUAAAGCGAAAGUGGUGACACAGUGCUUGAAUAAACCUCUCAUAGGAUAUGAAGAAGAUUGUGAAAUAAAUAAGAUAUUGGCUUGUACAUUCGAUAUUCUUACUGAGAACUGUCCCGACACUAACGAUAAUGACCCAUGCAAACAUUCUACUUCAGUAGCAGAAGGUUUAAUUUGCCAAAUAAGUUCAUCUAUGUACAGACCAAGACAUCGACGUCAAUUCUGUAGUCUACCCGAUUUAAUAAAUAAAGAGAUUUGUUCAGAAUGUGGAGUCAAUUUGAUCUAUAAAUUGGUUUACGUUACCGUUCCACAGGUUAAAUCAAGCAAAUGGACUCCAGUUACAAAUUGUAAAGACCUAACAGAGCAAACGACAUGUCUCUUUCAUCGAAUGAAUGUUUUAAACAAAUAUGGAUUCGUCGAUCAUUUCAAAAUGCACGACAGGAUCAAGUCAUACACCGAAAAUUAUCCUCCAAAUUUGCAGAGACUGAACGAAGACGCAUUAAAUUCCGAUGUACUUUAUCCGCAUCACUGUAGUUCCACUAAGAAACUGCUAAGUGUUAUCGACACUAUGAUAAUGACGUGUAUUCCAUCACGACAAAACAAUAAUGAAAAAUGUCAACGGCUAAUGAACAUAAUGCAAGUUCCUACAGACACAAGCAGUCAUCUACAAAUAGAUCCAAAUAUGAUUUUACGUACACCAUUAAAUAAACCUAAAACCUCUGUAAAAGAUUCUGUAAAACCUUUACAAAAACAACGAAAUAAGCCUUUUGUGUCAGAAUAUAAGAACAAUCCGUUGUAUAAUUUUGGUAUAUUAGGUAAAAAUUACGAGCCUUCAGUGGAAAUAAUUGACUUGAAAAAAGAGAAAGAAAGGACGUUAGUAUUAUUGCCAGUGUAUGAACGAUUAAAAAAAUCUCCAAAUUCGAUU